UUGUUGUUUAACUCAAAAAACUAUGUCAGUUUUCAACGAAUUACUGCCUAAAAUCUGUGAAAUUUCGAAAACAAUUAGAAAAAAUUUCAACGAUGACCUGAAGGUUGCGUUUGAACGGUUAGAUAAGUUUGAAGAGGAGUUUCAAAAAGGACGCACCAAGGCGCGGGAGAAAAUCGCAAAAGAUAAGAACCAAGGGCCAAUCCUUCAGAUCAUUAAUGAAGACGAAGAUGAAUUGGUAAAACACCCAUCAGAAACCAAUGAGAAGCCAAGUGACAAAUCCAACACAGACACAACCAGCAGAAGUUCAAUUGAAAGUAACUCUGAUAACACCCAAAGAGGAUCUAAAAAACGAAAUAAGAAUGAAGUUGAUGGAUUAUUUAGUCCAGAACAGGAUAAAAGAUUGAAAAGAAAUGCUUCUGUAAAAGCUCAGAGUAUUAUUAGCAAACAGGUGAAUGUAAAUUUAACUCAAAAACUGCGUAGAGAGAAUUCUUCAGCUAAAAAUGAUAAACAGAAUCAACCAAAAGAUGAUGACAAAGAAAAUGAACCAAUUUCAAACAUUCAGAUUAAACAAGAAAAGAUAUCGCUGCCUCCCGAGUCUAUGGAAACUGAAUCAUUGCCCUCAGAUAUUGAAAUAAAACAAGAAAAUGAUUUUGCUAUGCCUCCACCAGUUGCUCCAGUACCAAAACUUCGUAAAGCUGUUACUAAAGAGAAGUCACGUGAUGAAGGGAGUAGUUCCGAUGAAGGGACGCAAUAUAGGACCACACGAAACAAGAAACAGGCUGACAUGAUGCCGCCACCGGUUGUACCGUCUGCCCGUUCAACACGGGCCAGUUCCAGAGCAACAAGGAAUAUUGAAACAGAAGAUAGUUCUGCUGAUUCCAGAACUAAACGGACUCGAACUAAGAAGAAAGCAUCAGAAGCAGUGGCAGUUGAACUGGAGAAAAAUGAUCUGACACAUAACAACUCUAAUUCAAGACGAAUGAGGAAUAAUGAAACAGAAGAAGCACCGGUUGAGGGCAGACCUAAACGGACUCGAGCUAAGAAGAAGGCAUCGGAGCUAGUGGCUGCCGAGCCGCCACAAAACGAGCCAACACAAGAAACUUUACCAGCUUCGCCCGCUGAAAAGCCGCGGCCAAAGCGCACGAGGAGACUACAAAAAGCUGCUGAGAAAGACACUCCGAAAAUUGAAGAAUCAACUCCGGAAUUGAUUUCGCCUAAAGAGGAACGCUUGUCGCAACCAAAUGAGAUUCAGUCGCCUAUUCUACAGAAAUCUAAAAUUGUGACUGCAAAUAAAACGAAUAACACGGAACAAACCAUCGAAAUAAACAACACGCAGGACACCGACGCUGCCGACACUCAUCAAGAUGGCGGCCUAACACAAAAUGGCGGACAGGAAGCGACGUCACAAGACGUAUUAGACGAAACGAAAGUGAUCCUAGCACCCAACGCUACGUUUAAUUUGAAGGAAAUGGAUAAGACAAUGGUCCUGCCGAAUGGAGUUUAUAACCAUGCUCCCGUAACACCUAAGAAUGUCGUUCAGAUGAACGAAACUGUCGUUCUGGAGAGACGCGCUUCGCAAACCGCGCCACCGGGGAAAGAACAAAACUUAAUACUGGACGCCACAGUUGUUCUCGACAAAGGCACAAAAGUAAAUAUGACAGAGGACAAUUCAUUACUGACGGACGACAGCGACGUCCCGGAGACCAGUACGCCUCCCCGGCAAGAGCUGCCCGCCGCACAACCCAAGUCCGCUGUGAAAGAGAAAGUGCAGCAGUUUGAAGAGCUGGCCUCCAGAGUCACCAGGACCAAGACCAGAGCCAUGGCCAAAAAGGAGGAGCGGCCCGAAGACCAUACCCCGCCCGACCGGAAGGCGAAGGCCGCGCUGUCAGCCGACACCUUGAGCAAGAUGAACUCUAUGAUCUUCAACGGGAAACUGCCACAGGUGUCCAGCUCGGCGUCGAAACCCCGGCCCGUGACCGCCACCAGCGCGAAGCCACUACUGCCGGCCUCCACGUCCAAGCUCAGCGCCGUCAGCAGAGCCCGGGAAGCCGCCGAGGAGUCCAUCAGGAGCGAGAAGGAAGACGCCAGAAAAAAGAAAGAGGCCAUGCUUGAAGCCAAGCGGGAGAUGCAAAAGCGUAAGCGCGAGGAGAAGAUGGCGGCUGCGGCCGCGGCACGAUCUGCCGCAGAGCUGAGCCGCGCGCGCGCCGUACAGGACGCUGCCCGGGAGCGCGCGCAGAGGCAGGCGCUCGCUGACAAGGAGCGCAGGGAGCGGGUCAAGGAAGUUGAGAGGAAGAAACAAGAGUUGGCUCGUAAAGUAGCCGAAACAGAAGAGCGACGUAAGGCAGAGGAGCAGGCCCGGCAGCAGCGGCUGGCGGAGGAGCAGAGACGCGCCGAGGCCGCUAGGAAGAAACAACUCGAAGAGGCUGCGGCAAUGGAAAAAGAAGCGGCGAUGAUGGCCAAAGAGAUUGAGAAACGACAAAAAGAAUACAUCGAGAAGAAGAAAAUGAAACAAAGAAUGGAGGAAAAAAUGCACACCCCACUAAAAAUGCAAGGAACACCAAGCCACACAUACCCAAUGGAACCUGUCUACAUGCAGGACGGCUUCCAGUAUCUCAACUCUGAUGAAGAUGAACCAUCCAAUCAUGGACACGUGCCCGAAUGGAGCACUAGCAAGGCCCGAAGACUACAGUUAUACGUGCAAACACAACUGUCUCAAAGUCACAUUGACAAGUUGUUCUCGGUUCGAGUACACAGUCCUGAUUUGAGAGAGAUAUUUCCAAACAUAGACCGCUCUAGAUUGAAACGUACUUCUUCAGCGGUGUGGAGGACACCGCCUAACAGAUUACCAGCCGUACACGAGUGAAAUGGAAUGUACGAUAUGCAAAAUGGACAAAAACUAGAGUCUGCAGGCGGAGGAGUAUGUGUAAAUAAAUCAUGUUAAUAUUAUUUGGACAUGUUUUAAUCAAGAAGGAUUCAUCCCAAAUUCAAUGAUAUAAAUGAUUAUUAAAGUGCCAUGUUGAACACAAUGUUCGGUGUGGUUCCCGGUUGAAUAAUAUCAUUCUGUAUGUAAGUCCUUUCGAAUAAUCUAAAAGUUUGAAGCUAUAUUCAAACACUGAAAAAGCUCAUGGUAUGAAAUAAGUGACAUCUGAGGGACAUCCGCUCGACCAUAGAAACUACCCGCAUUCUGUUAAAAAAGUAUUUACAGAGAAAACAUUGAGAAUGACAUUGGCAAUACUUUGGUUUUUACUGGCUUUUUUCCGAGCUUAGCCAAUGUGAGCGAAGUCAAUGUUGACGAUGAAUAUUAAGAAUUUAACAAGCAUCUAAAUGAAUAUUUUAUCCCAUCGAUAAUAUUAAAUUCUAUUAUAACAUCGUAGUAGUUAUAUGAGGAAAGACCUACUUAAUCGCACUGUAUUAACAUAUCUGUUGGCAUAUUGUUGUGCAGUUGAAUUUACCUUCUAAAGCUGC